UUAGGGUGAGAGAAGGAAGGGGAGCUAGUCCUCAGCCUGGGACACAUCAGGACGUCCUAAUGAAAAACAGAACACAUCGGGCCUGCAAAUCAUUACGCGCUCACAAAAAGUCUUCAGUGUGUAACUGAAGCUCCUGCAGCAGCUUAUUUAAACUGGAGCUAUGUAAACUCUCAGAGAAGAAGGAUCUAAACAUUCAUGAUACAACCCACCGAGUGUGCAGUUUGGACAUCCAGAAGUUGGACCCCCAGGUCAGAUGAGAUUAAAAUGAGCCAACAGCAUUUCUUAUCCAUCUUCAUCAUCACCAUGUCGGCCCUGCUAUGCUCCGGCCGAGCCUCACCGAGGACGGCCCCUCCCAUCCGUCCCGGCCACCCCUUCCAGUUAAUGUGGAACGCCCCGACCGAGCUCUGCAACAUCCGCUUCAAACUCCCCCUCGACCUCUCCCACUUCCAGUCCAUCAGCAGCACGCUGAAGACGGCGACCAACCAGAGCGUCUCCUUAUUCUACACCGACCGCUUUGGCAUCUUCCCCUACGUGGACGAACACACCGGCAAGAUAUACAACGAGGGCCUGCCGCAGCUCAUAGACCUGCAGCGCCAUCAAGAGCUGGCCGAGAAUAACAUCAAGUACUACAUCCCCGCCGACCAGCCGGGCCUCGCCGUGCUGGACUUUGAGGAGUGGAGGCCACAGUGGAACCGAAACUGGGGCAGCAAAGACGUCUACAGACGGAUUUCCAUUGAAACGAUCAAGAAGAAGAACCCAUCGCUGACCAAUGCCGAGGCAGAGGACCGGGCGAGGGUUGCUUUCGAACACGCGGCUAAGACGUACUUCCUCCAAUCUGUCCGCGUGGGGAAGAGGACGAGGCCCAGCAGACUCUGGGGCUACUACCUGUUCCCCGAAUGCUACAACUACAACUUUAAAAAGGACAUGUCGGGCUUCACCGGGGAGUGUCCCGCAGUCGAGAAGAAAAGGAACGACGAGUUGAUCUGGCUGUGGGGAGAGGCCACGGCGCUCUUUCCAUCUAUUUACCUGGAGCUGUUUCUCAGAGACACACUGCAGGCCCGGCUGUUCGUCCGUCAUCGCAUCCGGGAGGCCAUGAGGGUGUCGAUGCUCCCCAACAGCUCCUACUCCAUCCCCGUCUUCCCCUACAUCCGGCCCCUGUACAAGGACACCACCGACAAAUACAUGUCAGAGUUUGAUCUGGUGAACACCAUUGGAGAGGCCGCUGCUCUCGGCGCCGCCGGUGUCAUUUCCUGGGGAGACAUGAAGCUCACCGAGUCCGAGGACUCUUGCUUCGGCGCUCGACGCCACCUGGAGCAGGUCAUGAACCCGUACAUCCUGAAUGUCACCACGGCAACGCAGCUGUGCAGCAAGACGCUGUGCCAGGGCCGGGGCCGCUGUCUGAGGAAGCACUGGGACGACGACGUCUUCCUCCACCUCGACCCGCGCCGCUACCGGAUCGAGCAGAAGUCGCGGGGGGGCCCGCUGGCUGUGAGCGGCGGCCUCUCGCAGGACGACGUCAACUGGUUCGACCGCAACUUCGACUGCAUGUGCUACGGCGAGGAACCCUGUCGAUCGGUCCUGGCCAUCAACGUCCUCGACGAGACCCACACAGAAUUGUAAUAUUAUAUAUAUAUAUAUAUAAAUGUAUGUGCUACAUAUAAAGUAAAAAAAAACUUAUAUUUACAUUUAUUACAAGGCUUUGUUGAAUACUCAAUUCUGAUUGGUCAAUCACAGCAUUCUGUGGUCUGUUAUUUCCGUAUAGCAGACCGUUGCCAUGGGCGGAGUUCAGAUCAUAGACUCUGGAGGACCAUUUUCAAAUCAAUAAAAUCGCUUCCAUAUCAAUAUUUUGUGUCAAAUUAUAGAUUUCUUUAGUAAGUAGCCGUGUAAAAAGCGAGAACCCCUUCAGAUUUGUCUCAUGGUCGAGCAUCACCCUGUCCGGGUUUACACAAAAACAAUCGGCUCAUUCUAUAAUACCCUUACGUAUUGUCGCUGUUGGGCAGAAACCUCUUAUCUUAUCACCUCUUGUGUUUCCUCACUUCAGUUUUUGUUCAUAAAUCAAUGCUAUUGGCCACCCUUUGCCUGACUCUGCGUUUUACCAAUAUUUUAUCAGCGAUGAGGCAAUUUUAUCUGACUUGGUCUAAGGUAAACAGCCCAUUAAGUGAUAAUAUAAUGUAUGUAUUUUCAUUAAUGUAUAAUAUACAAAUUACACAUUUAUCCAAUUCUUUUAUAAAAAAAAAACAUGUUGUAAACAUAGUGUAUAUGUUGAAUAUAUUUUACUUAUUUCUUAUAUUUCCUUCCUAUUGGUAUGUAGUAUGGAUUACAUUACAUUCAGCUUACUAGAGACUUGUCCCAACAGGGAUUUGAACUCUAGUCUCUGGUGGAGUGUCAGUCGUCUUUCCUGCUGAGCAAUCAAUCAAUAUAUGUUGAUGAUAUUAAAUAUGUUAAAUAGGGACGUAACCAUGCACUCAACUCACGAUUUGAUGCGAUGCACCAUUUUAAGUUCCUCGUGAUUUUUCUUCCUCGUGGCCUUUACAUGUGGAUAUCGAUUUUUGAGCGGUUCCCGAUGCAUCGUUACACCCCCUAAUUUUAAAAUAAUCUGCUGUUCCUCCGUCCAGCAACCUCUCCCCGACCCAACGGCAGGUCAAACGAUGCAUUUACACGUGUUCAUGAGUUGACGUCAGACGCUUGAUGCUGUAAUCCUCAUUAAUGAAUUAAUAUGUGUUGAUUAACCAUCUGAGGACAAAAGAUACACUGGCGAGUCCAAGUGAUGUUUGGCAACACUCAUAUUCAAAAAGCAAUGUUGCAAAAUAUCAUUUUCGACAGUUAUUUACUAAUUUAUUCAUAUAUUACGCUACUUUGUGAACCCAAGACUUUUGUAAAUUCAUUUCAAACACCAAAACAAUUGAGUUUAGGUUUGUUUUCACAAGAGAUUUGA